AUGUCUUCGAAGGCUGUUAACGAUCUUUAUCAACUAUCAGGUCAAGGUACGUUCGAAAAACUGUUUGAAUUGUCUGUUGGUUUAAAUAGAUUAUACAGCUCUGAGAAUAUAUUUGACAAAGAUAUUAUGAAAAACUUAUUGUUCGCCGUGGAAAAAGUCGAUAGAGUUGCAGAUAGUUUAAUUCCCGAACAUUACAGGCAAGCCAGUGUUAAACUGAUAAUCACAAGAGGGGAUGGUAACUGUUUGUUCAACGCAACCAGUCUAGCACUGUGUGGUUCAGAGAAGCUGAGCGCUGAACUUCGGGUGCAAACCACGAUUGAACUGGUUGAAAAUCUUGAAUUCUACAAGAACCACCCAAUGUUAACGUUAUUAGCUAAUGAAUUCAAAACAAAGAAUGGCAGCCCUUGGAGUGUGGCCUCACUUUUCGAUGCAAUAGUCUUUAGCAAUAACAGCUGCACAGUGUGUGUCAAAAGCGGAUUCGAUGCUGCUUUAAAGUGUGAAGCCAGGCGCACAGCUUGUUUAGGUACAUUCUCUGGCUUACUUCAGAUAAUGGGGCUGUCAUCCGCAAUCGGAUGCGAAAUCCAUCUUAUCUACCCUGACACUAGACACAACAUGCUUAGUCUAUUAAAUGGAAUUUAUCAGCCAAGACCAGGAAUGAUAGUUUCAACCAUUGCCCGCUAGAGAGCAUAUUAAUAAUGUGGACAGAUAUUUCCGGCUGGCCUGAUUGAUCGGAGUUGAGUGUUAAAUAUUUUGUUCCUGUGUUACCCAUCAACACACAGAACUGCGAAACUAUAUUUUGGAAUGUAGUUGGGAAAAAGCGCAACGUCAAACAGAGCAUGAUUGACUCCAGUAAAAAAGCCAAGAGUAGGAAAACCUGUGCUAUGAGAAAAAUGUUGAUUAUUCAGCUUCAGUCAAAACAGCGAGAAGAAAGGUUGUACAGAGAAAAUGGGUGCCGUCACAAGCAAGUCCAAAAAAGAAUUAUUCUACUUGUGUCAAAAAAUCUAAAAGAAAUAGUACAGUAGAACAACAUGUGCAAUCACAAGUGGCAAGACCAAUAAAUAAAUGGCAUUUUGAACAAGAAACUAAAAUACAUUUUUCGAUGCCUCUACUAACGAGAAAUUGGUGUGAAAAAAGCACCUCGGAAGAGAGAAACAGGGCUGAAUUACUCUGCAGUUCCGAUUGUGAUAGUGAUCCGGUAAUUUUGAGUAUGCCUCUUCUCUCGCCGACGUUUUACUUUCAGCCAGCAGAUGCUAGUGAUAGUGAUCAGGUAAUCAGUAUGCCUCUUCUUUCACAACGUUUUUACUCCAAGUCAACAGAUUGUAAAAAGUCAACAACUCACCCAGAGUGCACAGACUAUAAUACAGACACAUUGAACACUGAAGUCUUUGGUAACUUGAAAACAAAUGAAAACGAACAAAUAUUUGGUGAUCCUCAGUCCACAG